AUCGGCCGAGGUGUGCCGAGUGGCAACGUGCCCCAAUCGAAAAUGAAACUAGAAACAUAUUACAUAGCCCUGAUAGGGUUUUCAGUUUUAAUUUUAGCAUAUUCUAGAGACUUAACACUAGAACCGGGACAUUUAAAACCGUUUGGAAUCUCAAAAUCUACCCAGAUAUGUGAUGAAGUUGACAAAUUCCCUCAACCCGAUGUCUUUUUUGGAGAAUAUUUGUUCAAGAAAAGACCCCUUGUAAUGAGAAAUGCAGCUAAACUGUCCCCAGCGUUUAAAACAUGGACGGACGAUUAUUUUCUGCAAGCCAACGAACCAAAGAAUCAUGUGGUGUCGAUUGAAACUGAAAAGAAAGAAAAUCGACAGCAGGAAGUGCGUGAAAUGCCUUUUACUGAAUUUGUAAGCAUUUACAAUACCUCAGGGAUAUACAUGGUGAAUCCUGUGCCAACAUUUAUAAGGAAAGACAUUAUACUUCCUUGCUGUAUGCAGUGUCCAUUCAUUGUGGAAGGAAAACUUGUGGAAAAUAUAAUGUGGUUCAGCAGUGGGGGUACUAAGUCCGUGGUUCACACUGACUCAGUGGACAACGUCAACUGUCUGUACAGGGGAGAGAAGCAGUUCGUAAUGGUUGACCCUGAUAAGUACGGGGACAAGGUAGACAUCGACCAUCCAGAGGGUUCGUACUCAGGAGUUGAUGUGGACAGUGUUGAUUACACCAAGUACCCUGGGCUAGCUGAUGUGGAAUUCUACACCAUCAAUAUAACAGCAGGAGAUUGUCUUUUUAUUCCCUACAAAUGGAUUCAUCAAGUUCGCUCAUUUGGUAGUAACUUAGCUGUUAAUAUUUGGUGGAACCAUUUCAUCCCAAAAGACGUUUCUUUGGAGUCCUGCAACAAGGAGUGUGACCUUGGAAUGACCUUGAAGAGCGUAGAUUUCCGUGGCUUUGACCAGGUCAUGGAGAGUGUUGAUGCCAUUAAAGACCAUGUGUAUGCUCUCAUUUCAAAACUUAACAACUGUGAUUACCCCAAAUUUCUUCAUGGCCUUAUUGGAGAUGAUAUAAAGUUUUUGGAAGAUAACAAAAUCCCUUACGACUCAUUGAUGAAAGAGAUUUUCAAACAGAUGGACGUUGAUAAUAAUGGGUCAAUUCAUGAAGAGGAACUUGACACAAUGGAGGAUCAGAGAUGGGAGCGAGUCCAACAGGUAAUGGAUCAGUUCAGUCAGCUCAUCAAGGACGCCGAGAGCCUGGACAAUGGGGAGUUCAGGUUCAAGGACGAGUUGUAGGCCUGCACAACUACAAGUCCAGGUUCAAAUGUUAGGUGUAGGCUUCUCAAGGGAGGUCACUCAAUCACUCCGUGAUGCAUUCCUUAUUAAUUUCUGUUUGAUUUUUUAUAUUUAUUUUUUACACAUGUAUCUGUUUUAUAGCUUAUACAUAGUCCUUUAAGAAAUCCCAACGCUUUUUAUAUAAAUUAAUUUUUGUUUUAAUUUUGUCAAACCAGAUGAAUUUGAUACGCAGCAUCUACCUAUUUUUACAGCUAGGUACUGCCAUUAGUACAUUUCUUUUACUUACAAGUUACAUGUACAUGUACUGAAAUCCAAACACUGAGUCACAAAGACAGAUGCAAUGGGUAAUUAAAAAAAAAAACCAUUAUUCAUGAAAAUAUCCUUCUUUAAUAUAUAACUGUAAGAUUUGCUGUUGAGAAGAUUUGAUCUUGUAAGAAUGUCUUGUACAUGAACAUACAUUUAUUCAUGUGUAUAUUUCUUUUUUCAUUGUUAUCUUCAAAGAAGAAAGUAAGGCAUUCUGAUUUAUUGUAUUUUAUUUUUUGCUCUGGGUGUUGGAUGUCUCUAGAUUUUUGUGCGACAUUUAUUCAAAGAAUUCAUGAAAAAUAUUUACAACAUACAUGUUUUAUUAAUGUAUUAAAUUAUUUUUUUGAAAUGCUGAUAGCUGACAUUGUAUAAUUUUGUUAAAGCCUUAAUGUUUCUAUGAUUAACUUGUCAGUUUUGCAUUAAUGUUCAAUCUUUUUCCCUUUAAUUACUAUGUUGGAGAUGAUGGUUAUAAUGGGUUUGUUUUUCCAAAAUCUGAUAUUUUAGGUAUUGGUAUUCCGGAUGUGUAUAUUCUGAUGUAAUGGGAUACACGCAAGCUUGUCAAUGCAGAUCUUACUUUUGAAUUUUCCUUUAAUAAUUAAAUCAUUUUCCCUACCAGUAAUUGUGUACUAGAAUUGACAAUGUUUAGCAAAAUGUUUGUGUGCGUUUUCAUGCAUGUAUAUUUUUAUAAGUAAUUUUUCAAGUACACAUGUCCAAGACAUUCCCAGUCUUUUUGUUAGUGUUUUAAAUUUCUCCCAGCUUUGAUUCACACUCACCUGAUUCUUUAUUUAUCCACUUCAACUUCAUUAUCUUGGGAUUUUUGCUUGAGUUUAUGUAUUUGUUACAUUGUUAGAAAAUGUUUUCAUAAAGAUAUGCAAUAUUUAUUUAUUUAUUUCCAACUACUUAUACGUCAUAUUAUCGCAAAUCUUACAUGAAAGUAUUCGCUACGACCGAUGUAGCAUUGCGUUGAGUGAUGACACUUUCUAAUCGGUGUGUAUUUCAAUUGUGAUUUGAAAUAAAGAUUCUGAUUGGUGCAUUUAUAUAGACCCGCCCAUUUAACAAACGCAUGUUGAGAACAUGAUGCUAACACGUGGAAAGAUAUGUCGGAGAAAGAAAACAUCUCAUAAAGUUGUACUAGCAAGUUAAAAUUUACGUACAGAGUUAUUUGAUAACAAACGGGGAGAUGUUCACGUACAUGUGUAAAAUAUUAAUGAAGAGAAAAAGAAAAAGUUCCCUAAAAGCAGGGAUCGGCGCAUAUAGAUUAUCAGUCACAGAAUAAGAUUGUACUUCGCUUACGAAUAAUGUCAUUCAGUUCAUUGUGAAAAAAAUCGCCAGAAACUGUUUAGUGAACAAAUAAAUUUUACGUUAGCGUUCAUAAUGAACCAUAUACUGUUUAUAUGGAAAAUCGCAUGAGUUGAACUGUUUUUCCUCAUAAAAAACUUGUUGCAAAAUGUAGAUCCACGGGAAAAUUCGGGUUGACACGCCGUGAAAUCCAUAAGACGUUUUACAGCAUAUGUCUUCACUGUUUUAUUUACAAUAAAUAUGUACUGAAAUCUUUGAAACAUCGUCAACAGAUCCGCAAAAUGAAGACGUGUGGUUUGUUUAUAUACAUUGAAAACUGUAAAAUGGCGACUCGAUCUGCACGUGAAUUAUACAAUCCGAGGUCGAUUAGCGUGUCAGUGUCAACAUCAGAAGUAAAUAUUGUGUGAUGAAUAUCGAAGAACAUAUAAUAAAAUGAAUGUUUAUACAGACUAAGUGAGUUACAAAAUAAUGUUGAUCACAGAUCAGUCCAAAAUUGAACACGUUUACAUGCCGUAAAAUUCAAUUUUUUGGUAUGUUUGAAAACACAUGCACACUUGUAGUUCUAAGUGUGUCAUAUUAAUCAGUCAAAGUUCAACAAAAUGCAAUAGAGGCUAUGUAAUAUUUAUUGUCAGUAUCUGUUGUGAAUUCUUUUGAAUAAGCUACAACAAAAUAAAUAUAGCCUCAUCUUAAAUUGAUGCGUUUAACAGCUAAAAGGAUUUGAAUUUUUCGAUGAAGUAUGUAUUAUAUUUAAAAAUGAACAGAUAAAUUGGGGAUUGAACCUGUUUUAACAGCGUGUUUUUGACAAUUGUUUACACCAAAAAAGAAGAUGCGAUUAUUGUGAGAACUUUAAGUCAAUUAUUGCAGAAACGACACAAAUACCACGUCAGCAGGUAUGGGUGGGCGGGUACUAAAACGGCCAAUGAAAAUGCUUGUUUAUAUAACUGCAACUCGCAAUCCCGAUAGUGUCGUCACUCAACGCAUCAGUUUAUCACUCGAAGUGAAUACACCCGUGUAAGAUUUGCGAUAAUAUGUUUCCAAUUGUAUAGAAUGAUUUACUUUAUUUGUGAUACAAGUUUGAUUGGCUCAAGCAAUUUACACUUGAUUAUGUGUAGUAACAGAGGCUGUAAUGGACUAUAACUGGAUAACAGCCUGGAUAUAGCCCUGUGGUAGAGUUCCUGACUAAGAGUCCCGGGUUUGAAUCCCAGUCAAGCCAUAUCUUCACUGUACAAUGUAUAUAUAUUGUACUCUUGCAUUCCUCCUUUCCUACUACAGUUCAAGUUUGAAUCAUAUAAAGACUUGGAAUCCCUAUGCCACAAUGUAAUAUGUUUCAUAUAACUAAAAUACUCCGAUUUUUAUUUGUCUGACGAUACCAACAGUUUUUCUAGUAAUUUUUUUCUGUUCUUCAAUAACUGCUACAAACACUUUAAAUACCAGGUACAUUAUACCAUGUUCUCUUGAAAAAAAAAUGGGAAACAUUUACAUGUACUGUAGAAGCACAUAUUUUUGUUUGGUUAAAAUUUCAUUGUUCUAAAAACUAAAUAAAAUUUCAUUGGCAUUUAAUUUUGUGAUAUUGUAAUUUUUAAAAUGUAUUACCUAUCAACUCUGUAUUCAUUAAUACUUUGGUUAAAAAUUUGUCAUGGAUUUGAUUUUAUUGAUUUAAAUUAUACUGCCAACAAAUAUUUCUGGCUCUACAGUAUAUAGUGCUUUGAAUUCUUACAUUUAGGCUGUACCAGUUCUUUUUCUUAUGCAUUUGAUGAUACUCUAUAUGUCAAAUGCAUUCCUAUUAAAUAGUUCUACCAAUCACUGUGUGUUAUUGAGACAAGAGGGUUCUACAUUGUUCAGUUACAGUUUGCAUUAAAUAGAACUGCAAAUUUAUACAUGUAAUUUAUUUUUUCAUCGCAAUAAAACUCUGGAACCACUCUU